AUGAUCGAUGACAAUCCGCAGGCCGUCAUAGGUAACGACCGUGGUUCUUUGGGCGCUUCCUUCUACACCGCCGCGCAUCCGCUUGAUGCCCCAAGCUCACGACAGCCAUUCUGUGGCAGCAUUGAAGGAUGGGGUCCUCUCAGUCCAGACAGAUUUGAUCUGACUCCAUGCUUUCUCGACGUCCCGGUCGCAGUUACUGCUGCGUGGGGCGUCCUCUUGGGUGCUGCGGCAUUGUGGCUCUUGUUGAAAAGGCGUGGACCACAACAGGUCCCGAAGAAUUGGCAUUUCUAUGCUAAACUGGUUGUCCUGGCGCUUCUGAUCGUAACAACAGCCGUGCAAGCAUGCAUCCAAUUGAUAGCCGACCCUCAACUUUACAUUGCUGAUUUUCGAUUUUGGGCCAAUAUUUCAACUCUAGCUUCGCUUGCCGUGAUUUUUGCUGUUCAAUAUUUCGAACACUGGCGAAGCAGACAACCCAAUGGUGUCGUUCUUUUCUAUUGGGUAUUCUUUGUCAUCGCGUAUAGCGUCAAAUUGCGAUCGCUCGUUGCCCGCACAGUAUUUCGCGAUGACCUCCCUUACUUCAUCGUGUUCACUAUCAGUUUAGGCCUCGCCGUUGUUGAAUUCGUCCUUGAGUACUUCGUCCCAAAGAAGCAGAGUGCAUACGAUGCUCUGGGCACUGAAGACGAAUGUCCCUUCGAAUAUGCGGAUAUCUUCUCCGUCCUGACUUUCAGCUGGAUGACACCGAUGAUGAAGUAUGGUUAUAGGAAUUUUUUGACUCAAGAUGAUAUGUGGAAUCUGCGAGAUCAAGACACCACAAAAACAACGGGCAGCUUACUAGAGCAUGCAUGGGAACUAGAGCUUAACAAGAAGACUCCUUCUUUAUGGAUUGCCCUCUUCCGGGCCUUUGGGGGUCCGUAUUUUUGGGGUGCCGCCAUUAAAUGCGGUAGCGAUGUUCUUGCCUUUGUACAGCCGCAAUUACUGCGCCUCUUAAUUGCCUUCAUUGACUCCUAUCGGGGAGACCAGCCACAGCCGGUGGCUAGAGGCGUUGCUAUCGCAUUAACCAUGUUUGCUGUAUCAGUGGCCCAGACAGCAUGCCUUCAUCAAUAUUUCCAACGAGCCUUUGAGACUGGCAUGCGCGUCAAGUCAUCUCUCACGGCUGUUAUCUAUUCCAAAGCUCUUAGGUUAUCAAACGAGGGCCGUGCGUCUAAGACGACCGGUGAUAUCGUUAACCACAUGGCGAUUGACCAGCAGCGAUUGGUGGAUUUAACUCAGUUUGGUACACAGCUCUGGUCUGCUCCUUUACAGAUUACUCUGUGUAUGGUCUCGCUCUACCAGCUCGUAGGUAAUAGUAUGUGGGCUGGUAUAGGAGUCAUGAUUCUCAUGGUACCCGUUAACGGUAUUAUUGCCCGAAUGAUGAAGAAGCUCCAGAUUGUCCAGAUGAAGAAUAAAGAUUCUAGGACACGUCUCAUGACUGAGAUCUUGAACAACAUCAAAAGUAUCAAGUUGUAUGCUUGGAACAAGGCUUUCAUGGGAAAAUUGAGUCAUAUCCGUAAUGACCUUGAGUUGAACACUCUUCGGAAAAUCGGUGCAACCCAAGCUGUGGCGAAUUUCACUUGGUCGUCUACCCCUUUCUUAGUUUCUUGUACAACCUUUGCGGUGUUUGUUCUCAUUGACAGCCGCCCUUUAACCACUGAUCUUGUAUUCCCGGCACUGACUUUAUUCAAUUUGUUGACUUUCCCACUUUCCAUUCUGCCUAUGGUCAUAACCUCAAUCAUCGAGGCAUCCGUCGCCGUGAAACGUCUUACAGACUAUCUUACCUCCGACGAACUACAGUCUGACGCUGUUAUCUCCCGGGAGCCAGUUGUUCAUAAUGGUGACGAGUCUGUUCGCAUUCAAGAUGCAACUUUUACUUGGAACAAAUAUCAAUCGAACAAUGUCUUGGAGAACAUCAAUUUGAGUGCCCGCAAAGGCGAAUUAACUUGUAUUGUUGGUCGCGUGGGUUCAGGAAAGUCGUCCCUACUCCAAGCUAUUCUCGGAGAUCUCUGGAAAAGUCAAGGGGAGGUCGUUGUCCGUGGCCGAAUCGCAUACGUCGCGCAGCAAGCCUGGGUCAUGAACGCUAGCGUCAGAGAAAAUAUUGUCUUUGGUCACCGCUGGGACCCUGAAUUUUAUGAAUUAACAGUGGAAGCUUGUGCGUUGGUUGACGACUUCAAGACACUCCCAGAUGGUGAUCAAACAGAGGUUGGAGAGCGUGGUAUAUCGCUCUCUGGAGGGCAAAAGGCUCGGUUAACCUUAGCCCGAGCUGUUUAUGCACGCGCUGACAUUUACCUUUUCGAUGAUGUCCUGUCCGCUGUGGACUCUCAUGUGGGCCGACACUUGAUCAACAGGGUACUGGGACCCAAUGGGGUACUAAACAGCAAAACGCGUAUUCUCGCCACAAACGCGAUUGCCGUGUUACGAGAGGCCGACUUUAUCGGACUACUUCGAGAUCGCACUUUCCUUGAGAAGGGAACGUAUGAGCAGCUACUAGCCAUGAAAGGGGAAGUGGCGAAUUUAAUACGCACAGCAUCAGCCGAAGAUGACGAAGAUGACUCCCAAGCUAGCAAGGGCGAUAAUAAGAGCCCUAUAAGCUUUGAUUCGACAACUGUCGACGAGUCUGACCUUUCUGAAAUCGAGGAAUCUGACGAUGCCGUUGCUGCGCUUAUGCCUAUUAAACCUGGCGGUGGCAGAAGAUCCAGCAUGGCUACUUUGCGACGUGCUAGCACUGCAAGUUGGCAUGGCCCGCGUAGAGAGGGCGCGGAUGAAGAGAAUGGCCUGAGAACGAAGCAGACGAAGGAAAAGGCCGAGCAAGGUAAAGUGAAAUGGAGUGUUUAUGGCGAAUACGCGAAAGAAAGUAAUCUAUAUGCAGUCAGCAUCUAUCUCAUCUUUCUUCUGGCCUCCCAGACGGCUCAAGUCGCAGGGGGCUUUUGGCUCAAACGAUGGUCUGAAGUCAAUGAAAUCAGCGGUCGGAAUCCAAAUGUUGGAAAAUAUGUUGGAAUUUAUUUCGCUUUUGGAUUAGGAUCAUCUGCUCUUGUGGUUUGUCAAACCUUCAUUCUUUGGAUUUUCUGCUCUAUAGAGGCAUCCCGUAAAUUCCACGAGCGUAUGGCGUAUGCUAUUUUCCGGUCACCAAUGAGCUUCUUCGAGACUACCCCUUCCGGACGAGUUCUGAACCGAUUCUCAAGUGACAUCUAUCGCGUUGACGAGGUACUCGCGCGUACUUUCAAUAUGUUAUUCGUCAAUACUGCCCGUGCUAUUUUUACUAUGGCUGUUAUCACACUAUCGACUCCCGCUUUUUUGCUUAUCAUCGUUCCUCUGGGAUUUGUAUACAUGUCUUAUCAAAAGUACUACUUGAGAACUUCUCGAGAGCUCAAGAGACUGGACAGUGUCAGUCGAAGCCCAAUAUACGCCCAUUUCCAAGAAUCCCUAGGUGGCGUGUCGACUAUUCGCGCAUAUAAACAGACAAAGAGGUUUGCCAUGGAAAAUGAAUGGCGCAUGGAUGCCAAUAACCGAGCUUUCUUCCCAUCUAUAAGCUCCAAUAGGUGGCUUGCUGUUCGGUUAGAAUUCAUAGGAUCCAUUGUUAUUCUAACCGCCGCUGGACUGUCUAUUGUUUCCGUUGCUACUGGCACUGGCUUGAGCGCUGGCAUGGUGGGCUUGGCGAUGUCCUAUGCACUACAGAUCACUCAAUCCCUUAACUGGAUUGUCAGGCAGACAGUAGAAGUUGAGACGAAUAUUGUUUCUGUUGAACGGGUGCUGGAGUAUGCCAACUUGCCCAGUGAGGCACCCGACGUAAUAUUCAAGAACAGGCCUACCAUCGGCUGGCCAGCACACGGUGGUGUCUCAUUCCAGAACUACAGCACUCGUUACCGUCCUGAGCUUGAUCUUGUUCUAAAGAAUAUCAAUCUUGAUAUCAAGCCUCGGGAGAAGAUAGGUGUUGUAGGUCGUACGGGUGCUGGCAAGAGCUCCCUGACUUUGGCCUUAUUCCGCAUCAUUGAGCCGUCAGAAGGUAACAUUAGCUUAAGUAUCGACGACCUGAAUAUAAAUACCAUUGGUCUCUCUGAUCUUCGUGGUCGCCUUGCAAUCAUUCCCCAAGACCCAGCCAUGUUCGAAGGAACCGUCCGAGAUAACUUGGACCCUCGCCAUGUCCAUGACGAUACUGAGUUGUGGAGCGUUCUUAGCCAUGCACGCCUGAAGGAACACGUUGCCAGUAUGGAAGGCCAACUAGAUGCCACAAUCAGUGAAGGAGGAUCGAAUCUUAGUCAGGGCCAGCGACAACUCGUUUCUUUGGCUCGAGCAUUACUAACACCAAGUAAUAUUCUGGUUCUAGAUGAAGCAACUGCCGCGGUUGAUGUUGAAACUGAUGCCCUUCUCCAACAAACCCUCCGCAGCAGUAUCUUCAAAGAUCGCACUAUCAUCACUAUUGCGCAUCGGAUUAAUACUAUCAUUGACUCCGAUCGCAUAGUGGUCUUGGAUCGUGGUACGAUAGCGGAAUUUGAUACUCCCGCAGAGCUUAUCCGAAAGGGUGGCAAAUUCUACGAUCUUGUCAAGGAGGCAGAUCUCUUGGAUAGCGAUGCUGUGGCGAGCAUCAUGGAAGCAAAAUAG